UGGUCGAACUUCAGUAUGUUGUUUCUCAAAACCAAAACAAAAAAAAAUAAAGAAAACAAAAAAUUAAAAAUACAAAAAUUUACUAUUACGUCAGCUGGAAGCAAAACGUUUUUGACAUUUUUGUCUGCUAUUUGUCGAGACGGGCUACAAAAGUUUGUUUUUGUUAUUAUUUGGGUCGUCGAUUUUUAUACUGGGAAUCUCCGUAAUUAUUUACUCCGUCAUAACACCACUUUUAUAUGGGGAAUCCUAUGCAAAGUAUUCCCUAAACGAACUGAUUGGUUGGGAGGAGAACAUUUUCAAACAUAUAAUGAAUUGGAAAGAAAAUAUCCUCAUAUUGGCGCCGAACAUUUAUUAGAAAUAUGCAGUCGGAUUGGACCAAUUUUGGACAAAGAAAUUCCACCAAGUGUUUCUGGAAUUGCUUCAUUGCUAGGAAGUGGCAGGCAAAAUUUGCUACGAACAAAAGAAAGUGUAUGUCGACCAAGAUCCCUGCUAGAUUAUUGUACAAGGAUUCAUGGGAUGCCAUUACCUGAUUCCGUCGUAUGCAAGCCAACACAUAAUUUAUUAAAAGUUUUGAUAGGCAGAGAAACUGGUGGAUGUAUCCGUCGAAAACAUAUUAUACCAACAAAUUUUUAUAGUAAAACAAAACUGUUACGCCGGACCUUAGGUCACCUCUCCGCUGUUUAUUGCGUUUUAUUUGAUAGAUCUGGUAGACAUAUAAUAACAGGCGCCGAUGAUUUGCUCGUUAAAUUAUGGAGUGCUGUUGACGGUCGUCUUUUGGCUACUUUUCGUGGAGCGUCUGCGGAAAUAACGGACAUAGCAAUAAACUUAGAUAACACAUUGUUAGCAGCAGGCUCAUUAGAUAGAAUUUUACGCGUUUGGGAUUUACAAACAACUGCACCAAUAGCAGUUUUAACUGGUCAUACUGGCAUGAUCACAUCAGUAAACUUUUGCCCAUCACCUCGGGGAGAUCUGAAAUAUUUAGUCACUACAAGUACAGACGGUUCAGUUGCGUUUUGGCAAUAUACAACACCUAGAGGAGCAAAAACAAUAUUUGCUCCAAAACCAAUUCAAUAUCAUGAGAAGCUAAGACCUGGACAAGCACAAAUGAUUUGUGCUUCGUUUUCUCCUGGGGGAAUAUUUUUAGCCGCCGGCUCCGCAGAUCAUCACGUUAGGGUAUAUAUUAUGCAAGAGGAGGGCCCUAAACGAAUUCUUGAAACGGAAGCGCAUACAGAUGCUGUUGAUUCAAUACAAUGGGCACACCAGGGUUUGAGAUUUGUUUCAGGUAGUAAAGAUGGAACAGCUCAUGUUUGGACAUUUGAAUCACAGCAGUGGAAAUCUCUCAAAUUAAAUAUGAAUGAACGAUUAAUGACUUGCCCUGAACUUGAGGAAGGUAAAAAAAUAAAAGUGACUAUGGUUUCGUGGGACUAUUCUGAUCAAUGGGUUAUUACUGCUGUUAAUGAUUUUUCGAUAAAAAUUUGGAACGCUAAAACCGGAAAACUACAUAAAGUUUUACGAGGGCAUAAAGAUGAACUUUACGUUUUAGAGUCGCAUCCAAUUGAUGAAAGCGUUCUUUUGUCAGCAGGUCACGAUGGGCAGCUUUUUAUUUGGGAUAUCGUAGCUGGCACUUCUAUUGCACAUUUUGUGAAUAAUAUUGAUGGACAAGGUCACGGGGGCGUAUUUGAUGCAAAGUGGUCACCUGAUGGUAGUAUGAUUGCAGCCACCGAUUCACACGGACAUAUUUUGAUGCUUGGUUUUGGAGAUGGGCAUGAAAGGUUUAAAUCUAUACCUAAAGAAUUAUUCUUUCAUACGGAUUAUCGCCCGUUAUUGCGUGAUAGCAAUCAUCAUGUUAUGGAUGAACAAACGCAACUUAUGCCUCAUUUGAUGCCACCUCCAUUUUUGGUGGAUAUAGACGGAAAUCCUUAUCCUCCAGCAUAUCAGAAACUUGUGCCUGGCAGGGAGAAUUGUACUUCAGAGCAGCUUGUUCCAAAUAUUUCAAUCGGGCCUGAAGGAGUUGAAGUUGUUGAUGGUUCAAGUUAUUCUCAUUUGGAUAUUCUUAUUGAAGCUUUAGCAAAUCGUCAUAGGCAAGAUGUGCCAGAUUCAAACAAUGACAGAAACAAUCAGAACCCAAUGAAUAACAUUAACAAUAUAUUAAAUCAAAAUAAUGGGCAGGGUCACAGAUUAAAUGGGUCCCCAAGAGCAUCCAGUUCUAAUGCUGGAAGUACUCAAAGAACAGGACCACGUCGAACUGGAGAUGUUGAAGGUGUGCGGCAAAGUAGUGGAAAUUGGCAAAGAGAAACUUUUAAGUACAUACGACGCAUUUAUGUAAGGCCUAUGAACUAUGCGAUUUUGCAAAAUAUCAAACAAACAGUUCAUGCUGCUGGUCAAGUUGAACUUGAGAUAUAUAGACGCGAAAUGAGAAAACGACCAAUUAUGAUUAAUACAGCAAGUUCUAGUACACCAUUACAAAUUCUAACAGGUCGCAUGGCAAGAAGAGGUCCUGGUCGAGGAAGAAAUUAUGAAAGACGAGCACCUGCUUCUUACAGAACAAGAGCUGUGAGGGAACAAGAGCAAAACGAGCCAAGUCCUGCUAGAAUCGAGGAUGACGAAGAAGACGAGAGUAGUUCUUCUUCGUCAGAUUGCAGCGAUAUUAAUGAGGAAAUUCUAAAUCAAUCUAGUAGUUCAGAAACAGAAAGCUCAGAUUAUUCAGACUGGGUGGCAGAUAAACCCGGACCAAAUUUAGAACCUCCAAAACGAGCCAAACGCAAAAGAAUGCAACGUAAUUCAGACAGCAGUAGCGAGGAUAAUUGUCAACAAGCAGGUCCAAGUACAUCAGCUGCUUCAAAAGGUGGUAGAAGUAACGAUUCUCCUAGACCGAGAAAAAAACAAAAAAUUCAAGUUCCGCCAAAUGGGGAAAUUCCAGAAGCUUAUAAGCCACCAGAGUGGCUAUCAGAGGUUGUGCCACGUAAAGCUCCAUAUUAUCCACAAAUGGGUGACGAAAUAGUUUACUUUAGGCAAGGUCAUGCGAAAUAUUUGGAUGCGGUUCGACAAAAGAAAGUUUAUAAUUUAACUCGGAGUUCAGAGCCUUGGAAUAAUAUAGAGUUGCGAGAUUAUGAACUAGUUCGUGUUAUUGGUAUAAAAUAUGAAAUUCGGCCUCCACGUUUAUGUUGCUUAAAGUUAGCAUUGAUAAACACUUCUGGCGAUAUGACUGGAAAAACUUUCACAAUUAAAUAUCAUGACAUGCCUGACGUUCUUGAUUUUUUGGUGCUAAGGCAGACGUACGAAACCGCAGUUCGUCGAGAUUGGAGUCCAGGUGAUCGUUUUAGGUGCAUGAUUGAAGAUUGUUGGUGGGUGGGUCAAAUCGAAUCGAGGCAUGCACUGUCACCCGAAUUUCCAGACUCAAGGUUUAUGUGCUACCGUGUGCGUUGGGAUAACGGUGAAUAUGAAUAUAUGAGUCCUUGGGAUAUGGAACCAAUAAAUGAAGAUCGUUUACCAGACGAAAUGGGCGGAGCAGUACAAGUUUUGCCAGAAGAAUUAAGAUCAACACUUUACCAACCAAAAGCAGAAGAAUGGCCUAGAGGAGAUCGGGAAGCUUCCUGUAGAAGAAUUAUAGCUGGCUUGGAACAAGUAAUGGGUUUAGCUAUAGCAGAUCCAUUUUUGGCUCCUGUUGAUUUGAGCAUAUAUCCUUCGUAUGCAUACGAUGUUGAAUAUCCAAUUGAUCUUACUACAAUUAAAGCUAGAUUUGAAAACCACUUUUAUAGACGGAUAACGUCAGCUCAGUUUGAUGUAAGAUAUUUAGCUACAAACGCUGAAAAAUUCAAUAAAUCUCAUAGUAAAAUCGUUAGAAAUGCAAGAAUAAUUACAGAUUUGUGUUUGAGAAUUAUAAGUGCAACUACGGAAGUUGAUGUAAACGCUGUCUACCAUCAGUUGGUUGACACAUAUAUCUCUUCAGAAUCUGAGGAUGAUAACGAAGCUGGACCAUCUACAAGCACAGCUAGACCAUCUAUAACACAAACUAAUGGUUCCAGAAGGUCCAAAAGGCUAAGAUCAAGCUCAGAUUGGAAAGUUCAAUGUCGCGAACUAUUAGACUUAUUAUGGCAGUGUGAUGAUUCCACGCCUUUUAGAGAGCCUGUGGAUACACUAGAUCAUCCAGAUUAUUUACAAAUAAUUGACACACCCAUGGAUUUAAGAACAAUUAAAGAAGAUUUGAUAGGAGAAAAUUAUUCAACUCCAAUGGAAUUCGUCAAAGAUGUUCGUUUAAUAUUUUCUAAUUCUCGAAAUUACAAUACCAACAAGAGGUCACGCAUUUAUUCAAUGACAUUAAGAUUAAGUUCUUUGUUUGAAACCCAUGUAAAGGAUAUUCUUUUAAAUUGGAAAGCAUCAUGUAGGCGAAAAGAGAAUAGUAAAAGUCCAAAGAAAAAACCAGAUAGAAAUAAACCUGGUCCCUCAACACGAAAAGUUACAUCUAACGGCAACUCACGUCGAAAGAAUAUAUCAGAAGAUGAUGACGAUAACGAUGAUGAAUAUGGGGGAAAUCGUGACGAUGAAGAUGAUGAUGAUGAUGAUGACGAUGAUGAUGAUGAUAGCGAUCAUAAUCGGCGUAAAUUACGUAGAAAUAAUAAAAAUGUUCGAAGUGGUGUUACGAGUGGUAGUAGUUCUCAUUCCAAUGGUGUUUCUUCAACAAUGCAAAAUGAACCUCAACCCGGACCUAGUAGUCGUAAUUUGCGACGUGUUAUUUCAAGACCAAAUAGUCAAGAAGAUGAUUCAAAUGGUACUGGAUCACAAGAUUCCAAUUCAACAGAUGAUACGUCUUAUUCUGAUGAUGAAACAGAUGAAAGUCGCGGAAUACCUGUUUCCGAAUUAGGAAUCAGCGCAAGAGCAAAACGAAUUGCUGCACAAAAGCGCGCGUUAGCUGGUGACGAUUCUGAAGAAAGUUAUAACCCAAGAUAUCAGUAUAAAAAGAAGAAAUCCUUAAAACGUAAACGCAAGUUAGAAAAGCCAGAUGAAUUACCUCGUAAAAAGGGCAAAAAGACGCGUAAAGCACCCAAAAAGAGCAGAAGAGUUAUGUCACAUACAAGCGAAGAGAAUGAAGAUGAAGAAGACGACGAUGAAGAUUUUGAAAUUGAAAAAAGAACUAAGUUAAAACGUAACAGCUAUGAAAAGAAAACUCGAGGAAGAAGAGGGCGCAAAAAAGUAAUGUCUUCAGAAAAUGAGGGAAGUUCUUCCAGAGGUUUACAAACGCAAACUACGAAUGAAAAUACAACGACUCCUAGAAAACGUGGUAGACCAAGUAAAAACUCACAAAUAGCAUUAUUGCGCAAUGCAAGUGAAGAUAAUAGUGAAAAUGAUCUGAACUUGUCGCCAUCGCCAGAUAUUCCAACAACGUCCAGAGGUACAAGAGGCGGGGCCCGUGCUUCUCGAGCUGAAUCUGAUCACAGUUAUCAUAUUGGGGCUAGAAAUAGCAGAAGAGUUAUUGUCGAAUCGGACACAGAGGAACAGACUUCGAGACCCACACGUUUAAGUGCUAAAAAGGCAUUAAUGGAAUGGGCUCGUGGUAGUAAUGAAGAUGACGAUGACGAAAAUGAUGGACAAGAUGAACCGGAAAUAUUAGAACUGCCUUCUUCUAGGAAUCAAAGGCAGAAAGGAAAUCAAAAUACUAAAAGUCGAGGUCGAAAAAAGACAAGUGAUUCAGAGCAAAGUUUGGAAGAUCCAUUAGCAACUACAGCAUUAGGUAGAAGAAAUAUGCUCCAAACCGUUGGUCAGAGGCAAAAUUUACCCAAUAUCGCUGCUCCGCUAAGAACUGUUAGGACAAAUAGGAACAGUCGGGUCAUGCCAGAUACAAGUGAAACAAAUUCUUCUUCCGAUAACGAACCAUUAGCAUCAAGUCAACAAGCCUUGCGUUCCCGAAACCUUCGUAAUAUUGGUAAUAUAACAAAUCAAAAUGGAGAUAUAAGAGUAAAUGCAAAUACAAAUCUUAGUCGUCAAAGUAAUCCAAGUAUAGCUAAUCGUCGAAGUGCAAAUGCAAUACCGAGUACUUCUACUUCUUUAUAUCAUCACGCCACCCGUUCAACUUCGAAUUUAGAUACAGUUUCUAGCUCAUCUAUAACAGCAGCGGCUGCGUCAUCCUCAACAACAACAACAACAAUAAGAAAUGCGCAUUCUCAUAUACACAACGAUCAUAAUUAUGGAGAACCAGGCUCCUCAAAUCUGCGGGCAAAUACACGUCGAAUGCUGUCCAGGCAUCAAAGAAAUGCGGAUGAAUUAGAUUCUUUAGCUGGUGACGAAGCUGAUCCUCUUGACAUGAAUAGUUUUGUAAGCGGUUCCUCGAAUACCAUCAAUUCGCGUCGUAGAAUAAGAAACGGUGGAGUUAAUAGCACAACACCAUUACUUAAUAGUGACACUGUUGCAGCAGUUCCUCAAUCCACAAGUAUAAAUCCUACAAUAACAUCACGUAAUUUACGACAAAAUAGAACACAUCCGCGAUAUAGAGAUGACAUUGAAGAGGAUGAAGUAAAUGAAAGAAGAUCGAAUAGAAAUAUUAACCAUAGUACAAGUAAUUUGACAAGUAGUACAAGAAGGCAUCACAAUCAAGAAGAACAGACUGAUUCAGAGGAUAAUCAACCUCUUACAUUUGUAGCUGCUAAUUCAACAACCCGUCGCGUAGGACUAAGGGGAACUAUUAAUAGUGUAGCAAACGGUGUUAGUAAUAUUAUAAAUAAUAAUAGCACUGCUUCAGCUAUAACAUCAUCUUCCAAUCACUUAGCAACGGGAUCUUCUACAGUAAUGAGUUCAACAGGAUUAAAAAGACGACUAAGACGUAAUAUUUCUGACGAAGACAGCGAUGAUGUAGAUCUUGGCAACAUAGAUGAUAAUGACCCAUUGGUAAACUUAAGGCGUAAUGCUCAAACUCAAUUAUUAGGUUUGAGGCAACGUAAUUCUGCGAAAAGGCCGCAUUAUAAUGAAAACUCCGAUGAUUCUAAUGAAAACAAUGCAAUUAAAAAACGGACGACAAUAGUAAAUAAUAACAUAACAGCAACGCCAUCUGCUAUAGUGUCACAACCUCCUCAGUCAAAUUCUGGUUACAAUAGCAGAGCACAACGUUUAGCUGCACCUAGUAGUAGUAGUAAUAGCAAUCAUGUUGAUCCAAAUAGCAUAGAUGAUGAUACUGAUAAUGAAGAACACACCGUUAGUAUAAGCAGUCGUGGUAGGGUUAGAAAAAUAACUGCCAAAGCAAGGGGCCUUUUCAAAGAUUGAUUCAGAAAUAUUUUUUAAAUAAUUAUUUUAAUUAAAAAAAAAAAUAUAAGACUUUAACUAUAAGAAUCUGUAAUAAUAAUUUAUAGGCUUAUGAUUUUAUUAUAAAAUUAAAAUAUACAUAUAAAUUCUUUUUCAUUUUUAUUCCACCGAAAUUAUUCAAUUAUAGUUAAUUUUUUGCUUCUUUAAUUUUUAUUUAGAAAAAUGAAUCUUUUUUCCCAUUUGUUCUUUAGGAAUUUUUUUUUUUUUCUAUAAGGUUAAUAUUUCAUUUAACAAAACAAAAAAUAACUUUUAUUUUUAACGUAUUAUAUCAUAUUUAUUUAAUAAACAUACAUUAAUUUUGAAAAAGAAAAUUUUUAGUUUAAAGAAAAAAAUUAAAGAUUGAAAAUUUUUGUUUUACAAAAUUUUAUUGUUUUUGGUUUAGAAAAGUGGAAUUAUUUUUGUUUUGGUAAAUUUAAACAAUUAGUCUCAUUCAAAAUGUAUGAAAUUAUAAUAAUAAUUAAAUAUUACUUUGAUUAAAAUACUUAAUUAUUGUUAAACAAUUUCUUAGUAAAUUUAUGGUUUUCUAUGUUUGUGUCUCGUAUUCUAUCAUAUUUUAUAGGGAAUUUUUGUACCAUUAAAAUAAAAAUAAGGAAAAUCAUUUUAAAAUUAAAAUAAGUAAACUAAUUUUCAAAUAAAAAUUUAAAAAUUUAAUGCAUUUGUAAAUUUUUUCAUGUCUAUUCACUUAAAAAAAAAAGUAUGAACCAUUAUAAAAAUUCAUAUAUUAUAUAUAUAUAUAAAAAAUCAUUCAAAUUCACUAAGUAAAUUAAUAUUAAAAUAAAAAUUUCAUAUGAAAUUAUAAUUUAGCAUUAGUUACAAAAUUUAAAGCAUAAUAAAAUUAAUACCUACAUUGAAAAAAAAAAUAAACAUAAAUCGUUAACUGAAUUCAAAAAAACCAUUCAUUUAUUUGUAAGUUGUAAAAAAAAAUUUUUUUUUGAGUAUAAAAAUUAAAACAAAUUUACUUGUUUUUUUUAUUUCAAUACUUUCAGACAUGAAGACACUACUGAAUGAAGGUGUCAACUACAAUUUUCGAACAAAUUAACUUUCUUUCAAAGCAAAAUAAUUA